UUGGGUUCUUCCUCUUUUUUUUUUCUCCUCUUUCUCUGGGAUUUUUUUUAUUUUCUGUUUCCUUGUUCCGAUCAGAGAGAGAUAACAAUGGAGAUGAAGAUUCUGGAUUACACUAUGGUCCCAUUGGGGAUGGUGAUGAUGGUGGCGUAUCAUCUAUGGCUUCUCCGCCGCAUCGUUCGCCGUCCUUCCUCCACCGUUGUCGGCCUCAACGCCAUCAAUCGCCGCCUCUGGGUCCGAGCCAUGAUGGAGGACGUGUCCAGGAACGGUGUUUUGGCAGUGCAAACACUUAGAAACAACAUAAUGGCUUCGACCCUUUUGGCAACGACAGCCAUAACGUUGAGUUCGCUAAUCGCUGUCUUAAUGACGAGCGCGUCGGGCGUGCGUUCGGGUUGGAACGUGUUCGGGGACAAGAGCGACCGAGCAUUCUCGGUCAAGUUCUUCGCCAUCCUCGUAUGCUUCCUCGUAGCCUUCCUCCUCAACGUUCAGUCCAUCCGUUACUACAGCCACGCCAGCGUCCUCAUCAACGUCCCCUUCAAACACAUGACUUCGAUGUCCUUGUCCAAACCCGUCGACAGCCACCCUCACAGCGUCAUAACCCUAGACUAUGUUUCUUCGACCGUGAACCGAGGGAGCUAUUUCUGGUCGCUCGGGUUACGGGCAUUCUACUUCUCGUUCCCGCUGUUCCUGUGGAUCUUCGGCCCCAUCCCGAUGUUCUGCUGCUGCUUCGUUCUCGUCUUCUUGUUGUAUUUUCUCGAUAUCGCUUUCGAGUACAAAGGCAUCGGGGUUUUGGACAAUGAGGAGAGCAAGAGAUUAGAAGCUGAGAUUGUCUAACGGAUGUAAAACUAAUGAAAUGGUUCAUUGGAGUUUUUUUUUUCACGGACAUGUCUUAGGUUUUUUUUUUCCUGGUCUUACAAUGUAAUGAUUUUAAGGUUCAAUGAUAGUUGAACCGUUUGAAGCAUAAGCUGCUGACUACAAACUCUGUCUUUUCUCUUUUGAUGUAACAUUAAACUGCUGUCGA